UGCCAGCCGCAUCAGAUUUCUUGCGCCAAGAAGGACGGGGAGCGCAGUGCACUUCUGCGUGUGAGAGCGAGAACGAGGAGGAAGGAGCUGCACCGAGACGAGAAGCUGCACAGAAAUACAACGACGCGACGCGGGAAAUACACUAUGGAGAGAGCGAUGUUAGGACGGGUCGGGAUUUGUUGCACAUUGCUUGCUCUAGCGCUGCAAGUAUGUCUGGCUUCAGUCAUGGUCAAGGUGACCCCAGAGGUGGAAGUGAUUAAAGGAGAAACCAUCAAACUGCCUUGCAGCUACACCACCUCUGCACCUGACUCUUCCAUUAUGGUCCUAUGGUCCAUUGAGGAUUCAGGUACAAGAAAGCAAAUUGCUUACAAGUCUUCCGAAGGUUCUGGCAUUGAAGAUGUCUCAGGAAUGAAAGGUCGCUUAACCAUGGGAAGUGACUCGUCCCUCACCAUCUCCCCUGUCACAGUGGAAGAUGACAGAGCCUUCUUUUGCCAAGUGACUGCAAAGGCUUCAGGGUUCUCUGAAAAUAAGACCCAGGUCAAGGUUUUUUUUGCUCCGGAGAAGCCAGUGGUCAAAGGAAAUGAUCAGGCUAUCGCUGUCAGUCAUGACACUAAAAUUUCCUCCUCUGAAGUGGCCAAGUGCAUCAGCAGGAACGCUUUCCCUCAGCCUCAUAUUAUAUGGUUUAAAGAUGCCAUGCCUGUGCCUAAAGAAAAUAACCAAAAGAAUGAAACCUAUAUGAGACCUAGUGUGGUGAAGGAAGCCUCAGGCCUGUACACCUUGACCAGUACACUGUACAUGCAGCCUGUUAAAGCUGACGCUAGAUCAGUCUUCCACUGCACGGUGGUGUACAAAAUGCCAAACAACCAGACCAAACAGGAGAGCUCCGAUAAAUUCAACCUCUUGUUGCUCUAUUCAGCAGAAAAUGUGUUCUUCCAACUGAAGAAUCAGGGGCCAAUCAAAGAGGGGGAUAAUGUGCUGAUGAAGUGUGAGACUGAUGGAAACCCUCAGCCAGAGUUUGAGUUUUACAAAGAGGAUAAAGCACUGAAUGGAUUGAAAGGAAUGUUAGAAAUGAAGAACGUCACUCGAGAGCAUGCUGGAACCUAUAGGUGUGAAGCUCUGGACUUUGAUGCCUUGGAAGAUGUCUUACUUAGCAAAACUCUAAACUUAAGUGUGCACUAUCUGGACCCAAUGGCAGUGACUCCAGAAGGCCCAUUGUAUGCUGCUAUAGGAGAUACUGUGGAGUUUCAGUGUAAGACAAAGUCCUCUGAUAAAUACACCCAGCAGUGGAUAAAGGACUCAGAGGUGCUGUCGACGACGGGUGUGUUGACUCUUCAGCCAGUGACUCUGGCUAAUGCUGGUGUGUAUAUAUGUGUCGGAGAAGUACCUUCAGUGCCAGGUCUCCAAAAACAAGCCAAUGUCAGCCUUGUGGUCACAGGUGCACCUGCGAUUGAUGAUCCAGUGAAUGGUUUCGUUGACAAGGAAGGAGGAAUGGUCACUCUCAAAUGCUCUGCUUUCGGUCAUCCUGCUCCACAGUUCACCUGGACACCUUCUGGCAAAGAGUCAGUGACAGUAGUGGGGAAUAAGGUGAUCAGCACGGUCACUCUUGAGGCUUCGGCUGCGGUUCUGAAGAAUGGUGUGAUUUGUGAAGCAUCCAACGAUUAUGGAAGAGACAUCAAGACCUUCAAGGUGUCCAUCAAAUCGGAUCCAGACAAAGCAUCAGAUUCCAAUGCUGUUAACCGAGUGGAUAAACAGCAGGGAGGUUCGAGCGCGGUCGUGAUUGCCGUGGUGGUGUGUGUUCUGCUGCUUGUCGUCCUGGUGGCUAUGCUCUACUUCCUUAGUACCACUAAAAAGCUGAGCUGUGGGAAAAAGAACAAGAACAAUGGGGCAUCUGGGGACAUUAAAUGUGAGAAGACCAGUGAGAAAGACAAUGAAGAGUCUGUUCUGUUCAAAAACAAUCAGAAUACAGAACAGUGUUAAAAAGAAGAAGAAAAGAGACAAGCGACGUCUACAGGGAUGUAGAGGAUGGCGGUGGAAUUAAGAGAGCUCUGAUGGAGGAGAAGAGAGAAGAUGGAGGAGAAGAGAAAAUGAAUUCAUUUUAGCUGUACAGUUUUCUUUUUUGAAAGAUUACGGGAGGGGCUAUUAGAUUAAGGGUGGGUUUCCUGUUUGGGAGGGGCAAUGAAUGUAAAUCUGCCAUUUUUUUGAGGGUACAUACUAUGUCCUGAUUGUGUUAUCAAGCCAAUCUUUGUAAUGCAACUCUGUGAAAUAGAGCACAACUUAUUGCAGUGUUCUUCUACGCAAAACUAAGCAGAAAAGUCACUGUCGGCACUGGUUCUUCACUCUGUGCUUCACCCUGGUUAUGUCGAUUAGUUCGUGGUGUUAAAUAGUGCAGUACAGCCUCUUUUUGCAUUACAAAAUGCACUUUCUGUUUAAACUUUAGAUAGAGAGCUGCAAACGUGCCAUUAUCCCAGGUUAGUAAGCCCUAUAGAUCACUAUACGCUUUGGCCACGAUCUGCUUGGAGCAUAUGGAUGUGCCAUUAUACACACUCUUCAGCUGUACAUUUAACGCUGGAAAAAUAAUCAAGCUGUCAUUCAUAUCACAUGGUCAAAUAUUCAUAUUUUUGCCUUAUAUAUUACUACUAUGACUACAAAACUGAUAUUUUAGACUAUGCCUACAUGUCCAACACCUAUAUGUUUUGAGUUAAAUUCAAUCCCAUUCAAACAAUAUAUUUGGACCAGUUUAGCUCAAGUCUGAGAUUUUGGAAGAGUUACAGAACUAAUUCAAUCAUCUCAUUUCCUCUGAACUGCACUGAAUUUCAUCCAACAUUAUUACACAUGGGUUAGUAAGGGGACAGGACAGACUUUUUCUUUUAAAAUACCUCCUAACAGGAUAAGGCAUUCACUAGUUUAUAUAGUCUCAACUCCAUUAUUCCUUUUGGAUAAUUCAAGUGCUGAGCAGUAUUGGAAAUGAUCUACUUACUGGGCAGAAAUCAUUACGAACAUACUGUCACAAUAUACUAUUCAGUUUAACUUUUUAUAUCACUGAUAUCACUAUGUUUUCCAUUAUUUAUAUUUAGAGAAAAAUAAAAUUAAACACCUUCAGCCUUUUUUUUUUUUUUAAGUUUUUGCUGUGUUAGUUAUGUGAAACCCUGAGACUUUAUACUUUUAAAGUCAUAAUUCACACAAAAACAAAUUCUCAUCAUUUACUCAUCCUCAUUAUCGUUUAAAACCUAGAUAAUUUUUGGAAGACAAAAGAAGACAUUUUGAAUGGGUUUUGUACAUAAUGUAAGUCAACGGAUCCAAAAUCAAACUGGAUCCCACUGAUUUUCAAUGUAAAACAGAAACACUGAGAAUUACAUUUUGACAUAAUUUUCAUUUUUGGGUGAAAUUUUUGUUUUGUUUUUUUAAACCACAAAUAUGAGUGAACAUGGGGUGUGAAAUUAUUUCUUUGAGCUUGUAUAUGACAUUACACAUUUCUGUGUUUUCAUAUAUAUAUAUAUAUAUAUAUGUUAUCUUAGUAAAAGCACACUGUAGUUCAGGUGGCACAGCUGGAACAUUCUAGAAUCACUAUGUGGUUGGAAAGACCUGUAAUUUUUUUUGAGGACCAACAAAACAGUGAUUCUAGACUCUCCAGUUAGCAGGGUAAGUACAAUUGGAUGAGGAAAAAGAGUGGACAGAGGAGAAAUAAGAUGGAUAGAGUGUGGGAGAGGGCUUGGUUUGGAUAUAAAAUUAUUAUUUUUUACUUACUGAGUCUUUGUGUGUAGUUGAGAGUAUUUUAAUGAAUCUGUAUGUAUUAAUUUUCCAGCAGACACAUGGAACAUGAGCAUAAAUAUCUCUGAACAUUUAAAACACUGGAAAAUGUAUGAUGGCCACUUUAUAAAGGCCUCUGUUUAAGCUUCCUCAGAAUAUUUUUUUACUUUUAUCUUUGAUGCUAUUUUUUUACAUUUACUGAUUUCAAUUUGCAAAAUGUACUCAUAUGUUGUGUCAAUGCCACGUGUGAUUUAUAGUUCUGGUCAAUAUUUGCCUACAAGACAUUUGAACACCCAUUUUGUAGAAUAUUGUGGGGAAAAACGUUUUCUUAAGAAUACAUGUCGUAACUACUGAAUGAUUUUUGAAUUUUGCAAGAAAGAAGAGCGCUGUUUUGCAUAAGAUGUCCUACUUUAUGGCUGUCUGCAAGUGUUUAUGCUCUCCAGGUGAUCUGUAUAUUUGUGGUAUGCAUUUGUGAACUUUGUUGCUUGUCUUCUUUUGAUUGGAACUGUGUAGAAUUUAUACUGCAAAAACAAAAACAACAACAAAUUCCAAACUG